CAACCUCUGAUUCUGACACUCUCUGUCUCCUUUAUCCUGAACUUCUGAACCUGUGCGUAAUAACCGCAUUGUCAAUGAAUCGCCCCAACUUUUUGUAGAAGAUAAUCUACAUUAAAUCCGUCGCAGUAAAGACUUGUAAACAAUAGGCCUGUUAUUUGAGUAACCCUCAGUCGGAAGAAAUGAAUCGAAGUAGUGUUCUGAAUAAACUUCGUGCUUUGAUGCACAACCCAGCUCAUGUCAGCCAACCAUUACAUGCAUAUAUAAUACCUACUGGAGAUGCACACCAGAGUGAGUAUGUUGCUGACUGUGACAAAAGAAGAGAAUUCAUAUCUGGAUUUACUGGUUCAAGUGGUACAGCCAUAGUUACAUUAAAUCAUGCAGCCCUGUGGACUGAUGGUAGAUACUACUUGCAAGCGGAGCAACAGUUAAGUGCAGACUGGACUUUAAUGAAACAAGGUCUACCUGAUACUUUAACUGAAUCAAAGUGGUUAAAUAAGGUCUUACCUGUUGGUGGAAGGAUAGGAUGUGAUCCUAAACUUCUUUCUGUUGAUAAAUGGAAACCACUACGAAAAGAACUAAAAAGUUUUGGUCAUGAACUAAUCAGUGUUGAAGACAACCUUGUAGAUUUCAUUUGGGAAAGUAGACCAGAUCCACCCAACUCUGAACUAAUAGUGCUCUCCGAUGAGGAAACAGGCUCAUCCUGGCAAAAUAAAAUCAAGCUGGUCAGAGAAAAAAUGUCUGAAGAAAAUGCCUCUGCUUUAGUGGUUUCUGCACUAGAUGAGUUAGCUUGGCUUUUCAACAUGAGAGGAGCAGAUGUACGUUUCAAUCCUGUUUUCUUUGCCUUUGCUGUUGUUGCCACUGACUCUGUCCAUUUAUUCAUAAAUCCUCAGAAACUCUCACCUCAAAUACGAUCUCAUUUGAAGGGUGUUCAGUUGCAUCACUAUGAAGAUAUAUACAAGUUUUUAGCAAAUCUGGUUGAUGAACAGACUAGUUCCAAAAUAUGGAUCAAUGGAAAUUCAAGUUUUGCCAUUUACAGUCAACUUCCAAAAUUUCAAGUACUAUUAUCACCAUCACCCAUUGCAUUGUUAAAGAGUGUGAAAUCCAAAGCAGAAAUGGCCGGAAUGGAACGAGCUCAGAUCAAAGAUGGUGUUGCAAUGUGUGAAUUUUUUGUUUGGUUGGAGAAAGAGUUUGCAAAAGGCACUGUGACUGAAAUCUCUGCUGCUGACAAAGCUGAACAGUUUAGAAGUGAACAAGAAGAUUUUGUUUCCUUGAGUUUUGAUACAAUUUCUAGUGUUGGACCACAUGCUGCUAUCAUACACUACAAACCAGUGCCUGAUACAGAUUGUACUGUAACAAAUGAUCAGAUUUACCUUAUCGAUUCUGGUGCUCAGUACAGAGAUGGUACAACAGACACCACAAGAACUAUUCAUUUAGGCUCACCUUCUAAACAUGAACAGGAAUGUUUUACAAGAGUUCUUAAAGGUCACAUAAACUUGUGCACAGCAAUAUUCCCAAAUGGGAUCAAAGGACACAUGCUAGAUACAUUGGCUCGUCAGUAUUUAUGGGAAGUAGGAUUGGAUUACAGACAUGGAACUGGACAUGGCGUUGGAGCUUUUCUCAAUGUUCAUGAAGGUCCUUGUGGAAUCUCAUUCAGAAUAUCUCUCACUGAAGCAAAUCUUGAAGAAAACAUGGUCUUAUCUGAUGAGCCAGGUUAUUAUGAAGAUGGAAAGUUUGGUAUUAGAAUUGAAAACUGUGUGAAAGUGGUGAAGGCAGAAACUAAACACAAUUUUGGUGGUAAAGGUUAUUUGAGUUUUGAACCAAUUACCCUUGUACCCAUUCAAACUAAAAUGAUUGAUGCAUCUCUACUAACAGAAAAGGAGAUAGAAUGGUUGAAUGAUUAUCACACCAAGGUAAGAAACCUUGUUGGGGAAGAACUAAAAAAUCAAGGCAAGCUGGAGGUCUACAAGUGGCUCUGCCAGGCCACACAACCUUUGGGCUAAAUUCUAACAACAUAGUGUUAAGAUUUUCUGGAAGACUUUCCCUCACUCAAGUGACCUUAGCAAGUCCAGAUAUUGAUUAAAUUAUAUUAAAGGGUAUCAGAGUGGCUGAUAAUUUAACUUUUUUUUUAUAUUUGAUAACAAGAUGACAAUCACAGAAUGCACUAGAUUCUAUAAAACCACAAUCAAUUGUACCUAGUGUUUCUGUUUGAUUACAUAACUUGUUUAAUGUUAAAGGACUAAACAAACUUGUUCUGUACAGUGUUUAGAAAUCUGUUUGAAUCAAUGUCAUUUUUUUGUUGUUGUUUUUUUAAACAGUAUUUCAAUAAAGAUCAUUUUAUUGGUU